UUGCGGGGUGGUUAUGGAGUAAGUCUCCUUGUUGGUGUGUCAGGUUGCGUGGUGGUUAUGGAGUAAGUCUCCUUGGUGUGUCAGGGUUAGUUUUUAGUUGCGGGGUGGUAAUGGGACAUUCGGAGAAAGCCCUCGUCGUUGGUAUGUCCCGUGUCAGGGUUAGGGUUAAGUUUAUGUUGGGGCUGAUAAUGGGACAUUCGGAGAAAGCCCUCCUCGUUGAUAAGUCCCGUGUCAGGGUUAGGUUAGGUUUUUGGUGG